CUAACAUUCCAGUUACAGCAUAGGCAACUCCCACAGCCCGCGUGAGUGUGUUAGGGGUGGAAAUCAAGUGGACUCUGCUCUUGCAUGAACAGAAGAACAAUCUUCCACUUUGUUUGAAUUAUGGAUCCAAUUAUGCUCCUGUCUGUAGUAGUGGCUGUGUGUAUAGUGGUUGUAAGUGUGCUGUACUUCUUAAUGUACAGCUCUGCCCAUAAAACCAAAUUUCCGGUCACUCUGCAAGACCCUGUUGUUAAAUAUCCUCUAAAGCUAAUAGAUAAACAGGAAAUUAGUCAUGACACAAAGAAAUUUCGUUUUGGCCUUCCCUCAUCAGAUCAUAUCCUAGGGCUGCCAGUCGGUCAGCACGUGUAUCUCUCAGCCAAGGUGAAUGGUAGCCUGGUCGUCAGAGCCUACACACCAGUCUCCAGUGAUAAUCAGCAAGGAUAUGUCGACCUUGUUGUCAAGGUGUACUAUAAGAACUCUCAUCCCUCGUUCCCAGAGGGAGGAAAGAUGUCCCAAUACCUGGAUAACAUGGCUACUGGAGAUGCAAUUGACUUCAGGGGACCCAGCGGCCUGCUUGUGUACAAGGGGAAAGGUCAGUUUUCCAUCCGGCCGGACAAGAAGUCAGAGCCGAGGACUUUCAAGAUCAAACAUAUUGCCAUGAUUGCUGGAGGAACAGGUAUUACGCCAAUGUUGCAGUUAAUUCGGACGAUCACAGCAGAUCCUAGUGACAACACGAAGUGCCAUCUUAUUUUUGCCAACCAGACGGAGAAAGAUAUUUUACUCAGAGAUGAGCUGCAUGAGGUGGAAAAAAGCCAUCCUGACAAGCUGAAGCUUUGGUUCACACUGGACAAACCAACUGAGGGUUGGAAGUACAGUUCUGGAUUUGUGACCUCUAAUAUGAUCAAGGAUCACCUCCCUGCUCCGUCCGCAGAUGUCCUUGUUGUUUUGUGUGGUCCUCCUGGAAUGAUCCAGCAUGCUUGUUUGCCAAAUCUGAACAAGCUGGGAUAUAAAACAGAACAGGUCUUUGCAUACUAAUGUUGCAUUUACCAAGAAGACUAUGACGACUGUAUGAUACUUAUUGUUUGAUUGUUUUUUGAUUCCUGAAACCAUUCAAAGUGAGAUUAAGAUUUUUUUUUUUUUUUUUUCGU